AUGUCUCUCUCUCCCGAGCAAGUCCAGAUCAUCAAGGCCACCGUGCCCGUGCUCGCGGAGCAUGGCACCACCAUCACCACCGUCUUCUACAAGAACAUGCUCGCGGCGCAUCCCGAGCUGAACACCGUCUUCAACACGUCCAACCAGGUCAACGGCCACCAGCCACGUUCCCUGGCCGGCGCGCUGUACGCCUACGCCUCCAACAUUGACAACCUGGGGGCCCUCGGUCCGGCCGUGGAGCUGAUCUGCAACAAGCACGCCUCGCUCUACAUCCAGCCCGAGCAGUACAAGAUCGUCGGCAAGUUCCUGCUCGAGGCCAUGGGCGAGGUGCUGGGCGACGCCCUCACCCCGGAGAUCCACGAUGCCUGGGCCACCGCCUACUGGAUGCUGGCCAACCUGAUGAUCCAGCGCGAGGCCGACCUGUACAAGCAGGCCGACGGCUGGACCGACUUCCGCGACUUCCGCGUCACCAAGAAGACCGUCGAGUCGUCCGAGAUCACGUCCUUCUACCUCGCGCCCGUCGACGGCAAGCCGCUGCCCACCUUCCAGCCGGGCCAGUACAUCUCCGUGCAGGUGUUCGUGCCGGGCCUGAACUACCCGCAGACGCGCCAGUACUCGCUCAGCGACGCCCCCCGGCCCGACUACUACCGCAUCAGCGUCCGCAAAGAACCCGGCCUGAACCCGGCCGAGCCCGGUGCCAAAGCUCACCCGGGCUACGUCUCCAACAUCCUGCAUGACACCAUCAACGAGGGCGACCAGAUCAAGGUGUCGCAUCCGUUCGGCGACUUCUACAACAAGGAGCCCGAGAGCCCGCGCCCGGUCGUGCUGCUCGCCGCGGGCGUCGGCCUCACGCCGCUCCUGUCCAUCCUCAACACCAUCGUGUCCACGCCGUCGGCUGCGGGCGAGCGCAAGAUCCACUUUGUGCAUGGCGCGCGCACGGCCGGCGCGCGCGCGUUCAAGGACCACGUCCUGUCGCUGAAGGAGAAGAUCCCCGGCCUGCAGGCCACCUACUUCACGAGCCACCCCGGCGCCGAAGAGAAGCAGGGCGAGGACUACGAUUUCGCCGGUCGCAUCGACCUCGCCAAGCUGGCGGACAAGGAUCUGUUCCUCGAUGAGCCCUCCGCUGAGUAUUAUGUGUGUGGUCCGGAGGGUUUUAUGACGGACAUCCGCGCGGCGCUGGUCGCCAGGGGGGUGAGCGCGGACCGCAUCAAGAUGGAACUGUUUGGCACUGGUGGUGUGCCUGCCUAA